UAUACAUUUACUUUUUUUCUUCAAUUCGUUUACCUGUACUACUUUUUUUCUUCCUUUAACGUCCCUGAGGCAAAACCAUCAUAGCUCACAACGUUACUGGUGAACAAACUGUUCCCCAAGGUUUUGAGGGGCACGGUUCUUACCCAGUAGAUGUCGCAUACACCCUACCCAUGGAUACCAUUGUUGCGAUUAUGAUGGACUCCAAAAGCUGCAGACAGUAUGUCAGAGCAACCUGUUACAAUACUCAUAUCUACGAUGAUGGUGGCGAGCAAACAGCUUACUGGGUCUCAAGACAGGGCAUCAAGAUGCCAAACUGGGGCAACGCACCCAGUGAUGUUACAGGGUGUCUCUGCGGCUUAAGCAACACUUGCUUCUACAGCGAAGUUGCACUUUGCAAUUGUUACCGUUCUUCAGACAAGUGGUUAACGGAUGAUGGCUAUCUCACUGAUGUAGACCGACUUCCGGUCACCAGGUUACAUUUCGGAGACACCGGAGGCUCUGAUGAAAUGAUGAAGUACGAGCUCGGCUUUCUGGAGUGCGAAUGAGGGCCCCAAUAACUGUUAAAAGGAAGCUACAACCUGAUGAUUUAUUAAUUUGAUUAUAAUAAAAGCAAGGAAAUAAUUAUGAAAUGUAAAUCAGUGAACGUUCAUUGGUUCAAUGGUUCAAAUUUAAGGUUUAAGGAAAAAUCCGAUUAAAAGUAAGCAAGUUAUGAAUUCAAAAAGCUUUUUUAUUUAAUCCUUGAACAGGCAAAUGAAGAAGUAAUUAAACGUUUGCAAUAACUUUAGGGUUGUUUUCAUCCCUA